AUGCUUUCGACUACUAAUAGCCAAAUUGAACAGAGGCUUACUCAUAUACACUUAAAGCGAUGCGGAGUAACAAGAACGUUCACCGGAAGGUGCAACCGAAACUGCACAUCGUCUGUUUUCAAGGCCAGUGCCUGGGUUAUCUAUGGAAUCGCCUGCGUUUGUCACUUCUUCAAGCUAAAGUAUAAUGCAGAAACGAACAGAGUGGAGGAGGCUCGGUACCAUCGAGUGCUGUCCAAGAUAGUGGUUGCUAUAAAGCUUUUCCUGCUGGCCAGCCAACACAUGAUAUACUUCGUGAUGGCAUUGUUUAUAUAUAUUCAAAUCAGAUUGGUGAAUACCAGCCACGCCCAGCACUUUCUGAUGAGUCUUUUCAUGCAGGGAAUAGGGAUAAAUGUGCUGCGGCGCCUGGCGAUCUUUCUGCACCUGAAACAGGAUCGCAGGUAUGUGCGGCACGCGGUGAAUGAGAUCCACAUCACCAGGAUGAUUGAGCGCAGGUUUGGCAUGAUAUACCGCUGCGACUCUGUGUUGCUGGGAGUAUAUCUUUGCAAGCUGUGGAUGCUCUACAUAUUGCUGGAUUCGCUAAUGGACAAACUCUACUUCCUCAUGAUCUCCCUGCUCUAUUGGGUGUUGCUGGAGUACUGCUUCCUUGGGUACUUUAUCUACCAGCUGCUCCUGCUAAACUGGUACCGUAGUAUCACCUUUUUCCUGCAGCGUUUUAUCCAAGAUCAUGAGCAACGGUCGGACAUCGCCGUUCGCCACCACCGGAAGUUAUCGUUACUGUUCAAACUGCAUCUCCGUAUCAAUAAUCUGCAUAAGUUCAUCAUCCGAACCAUGUCCUGGCUACCGAAUUCUAUUUAUCUGAUGAUCUUCACCUGCAUCUUCAACAUGGAACUGCUGAUCGAGUGCAGUCUCUUUGCCGAGGAUGAGUUGGAAAAUAAAAUCUACAUCAUUGCGGAUGGAUGCUUGGGUCCCGUAGUGAUUCCCAUUCUUUAUGUCCUCAUCCUGGGGAUGUGCACUGACCGGCUCCGCGACGCUGAGUUAAUCCUGCAGCAGCAGAUUGUGAUCAUUCAUGGCUUGUACAUGAGAAAGACCGAUUCACGACUCCUCACUGUGAUGGUUCUCGACAAUGAGCAUACAUCACUUAUCUUACACCAGAAAUUAAAGCCGCUGCAGAAUGUCAUGCUUCUGGACAACAUAUGUGACCGCGAGUUCGCUUUUGAUUAUAUUUUAACUGUGAUUCUGACAGCAAUAUCGCUGGUACAGUACACUAUAUCGUGUGGUGAACCCCUCAAUGAAUGUGUGAGGCAUAAGUGA